AUGACUGUGGCUGUUGGAACUCGUGAAUCGGCUUACGUCCUAGCUGUCACCUCGGCUGGCAUCUCCCACGCAGUCACCAAGGCUUGCAGCUCUGGAAUGCAUGAUAGUUGCGGCUGUGACCGAACCAUCUAUGAUCACGAGCGUCAACCGAACUUUGAAUGGUCCGGCUGCUCCGACAAUAUUCACUUUGGUGCUGCAUUCUCCAGAAAAUUCCUUGACUCGCGUGAAAAGGGCCGAGUGCAAAGAAACCCGAAGCUGGGACUUGCUAAUCUUCACAAUAAUCAUGUCGGUCGACAGGCGGUAGUAAACAAGAUGGACAUCAAGUGCAAAUGCCAUGGAGUUAGUGGUUCCUGUGAAAUGCGCACAUGUUGGAGGGCUCUUCCAGAUUUCCGUUCGGUUGGAAAUCAACUUCAAGAUCUCUUCCAAAAAGCUGUUAUGGUGGACUACGUCAAUAAUCGACUUGUUCCAAAAUCUGCUCUCUAUAAUCAUCGAUUACCACCACCAGGUCAUCCACCACAACCCCAAUCCUCCCCCGCGGCCCAAAUACCCAUUAGCAUUGGAGGCAUUCUUGGACUUCCUAUGCCGAAGGAAAAUGAACUAAUUUACACCACUCGUUCUCCAUCAUAUUGCCAUCACGAUCCUCGCUAUGGAAGUAUCGGCACCUACGGAAGACGCUGUAGUGUUGACUCAAAAGGUCCAGACAACUGCGAGACACUCUGUUGUGGACGAGAUUACCGUAGAGAGGUGUUUAUUCAACAGGAGAAAUGCAAGUGCAAAUUUCACUGGUGCUGCGAGGUGAGAUGUGAGACGUGCGAAAAGACUGUGGUUGUAUCAACAUGCAACUGA